AUGUUUGGGCAACCUCGUCCCACCUUUGGUGGUUCAUCAACAGGAUUUGGAACCAGCUUCAGCACUCCAAACACUGCUUCCACUGGGUUUGGGAGUAGUUUUGGUAAACCUGCUUUUGGAAACCCUACCACAAGUUUUGGAGCCCCUGCUGCUCCAUUUGGUGCCACCACCUCUUCAGGUCCUUCACUAUUUGGGACAAAUACACAACCACAAACUGCAAGUUUGUUUGGCCAACAGCAGACAUCAUCAGGUUUUGGCUCUUCUGGUGGUGGAUUGUUUAGUCAGAGUCAGCCGAGUACUGGUUCAGGUUUGUUUGGAAGUAAUCCCUCUACUGGAUUUGGUGCUCAGCAGACAACACAGAAUAGACCUUUUGGGUUUGGUGCCACCAGCAGCACCAGCACCGCUGGAACAACUGGGCUGUUUGGAUCUACACAGUCGUCAACUAGCGGUGGACUUUUUAAUACACCAGGUGUGUUAAUAUUGUGACUUAGUAAUUAAAAU